AUGCAGAUCCACCGGAACACAUCCGCACUUCUUGUCGUCUUUCUGGCCAUUUUGGCCCACUGCGAGUCGCGUAGAACCGCCUACCGCCUUCCGAGGGUCCAAGGACGCAGUGCCUCCGGCAUUCCUGCGCCACAAGAUGUGGGAUCCGGUCGGGAUCUGAUGAAGAAGUUCAUGAUGAUGCGGGACCUCUUCCAGCAGCCGCCCAGUGACAAUGUGAUUGUGCUCUCACAGCCUUCGCCCUCGACCACGACAACGACGACGACGACCACUGGUUCGCCCACCACAACGACCUUUACCACGACCACAACCACGCCCACUACGAACAGUACGGCUCGAGCUCUGCAGGAAAUCAUGCAUCCCACGGAUCCACACGACGAUGAUGACGAUGAUGAGGGGCAGGAGAUACCAGUGACCAUGACCAUGACUGGCCGAGCUCUCGAGGAUCGCCUCGGUCUGCCAGAGGUCCAGGAGGAGCAGGAGCCCCAGGAACUGGAUACCCACAAGCAGAAGGUAUCCCAGUGGCCCAAGAAGUUCCGACUAAAAGGCGUACAAUUGGGUAGAAAAAGAAACCUGGUCAAGAAGAGCCACCGCCGAGUUCACAAACGUCCUCAGAAAAAGAAGCGACAUCAGAAGCGGAAGGUCAACAAAAAACAGUCGGCCAAUCAGCAGCGAAACUCGGAGUCCGCGGUCAACUUCAUAGAACCCUAUCACCACGAUGGACAGCCAAAAACCCAAGCUGCUCAGUCCGCCUCCGACUCCCGAUUGCAGCGCAUCUGGCGGCGCUUCCAAAUCGCCAACUAA